AUGGUCAAAAUAGCCAAGAAAUAUGGCAUCAAGUGCGAGACAAGCAACCCGACGGCGGACCUACGAGAGAGCCUACCAAUAUGGAACCACGUUGGGAGAAACGAUGAGCGCCGCGUGGAGAACUCGAUAGGAUGCAAGUGCCUCCGCAACAACCACCAAGUCCGCACGGUCGGCCAAUGCCGAGCGGUGGCUGGGCGCUUAUCUGACGACGAAUCGGGCCACGUGGCGAGGCACACAUGCGGAUGUGCCGAUUGUGAUCUUGACCGCAACCUCCACCUCUGCGAUAACCCGCAUCGCUGCGCGACGGCGGCUGCUAGGCUGCUCGGACGAAUCAAUGCGAAGUGGAACCCCUCAAGACCAGCCAACGAGGACGGCCUAACCCUGACGCAAACGCGCAAGGACGAGAACAACGCAGCACGUAUCGAUCACAAGCGCAUCCUCUUCGACCCAUCGAUCUCGACUGGCCUCCCAACUGCGGAGUCUCUGCGCGCUUUCGUCCCAGCCUGCGAUCGCGAUGAACGGCCCGCGCUACGGCUGCCGAGGCCCUACCAAGUCUCCGCGGAGGAUACUGAGGUAUACACCGAUGGCUCGGCACACGGUAACGGCUCCGAGUCUGCGCGUGCAGGUAGCGGCAUCUGGUUCGGCGAAGGUGAUCCGCGCAACGAAGGCGCGCGCGUCCCCUUUGAUACCCAAACUGACCAGGUUGCAGAGUUCUACGCUGUUAUCAUGGCCCACCGCAAGGUCCCGCCCUUUGCCCCGCUGCACGUUGUCAGCGAU